AGUCAAGUAGAGGAAGAAUGGAGUGUACAUAGAGGGAAGAGGAAAGACAGUCGAGCGCGGUCUGAGAAACGCCACGGAGCUCGGAGGCCUGUGUACUUUUCUGUCUCUUCAACGCGUGAAUUUUCCGGACAUUUCAAAUUAAACGAGCGAAGAAAAAAAACACAAUCCCGUACAGAAUCGGUUGAGAACAGUUGAGAAACAAAACAAAAACACUUCGACGGUCGACUGAUUCGAAUUCGGCAUUAAAAAAUUGUUCGAAUGACGCUAUUGACCCCAUGAACGAGAAAGUGAAUAAAACUCGUGGUUAUUUCGCAAGAGAGGAUAACAAAAGAACUGAAAAUACUGUUCCUCCAGGAAUUGUCCUUGAACAUCAAUAUUCGAGGGAAGAAGGAAGGCGGAAUAAAAAUUUUUUGAAACGUGGCUGCGGACGCGAGUUUUGAGAAAAAUUCGGCUCUCGUCGCACUUUCUGUAUUUCGUUUGACAUUCCAAGCUGGUUUACCGAUCGAAAUUCCAAAUGCCCGGAACAUGACGUCGAAUGCGAUCAGGGGUAUACGGAGGAAGAAGAGCUCGUUGUGCGAGGUAAAGGUGGCGGUGAUCGGUGCUCCCGGAGUCGGAAAGAGCGCGCUCACUGUAAGAUUUCUGACGAGGCGUUACAUCGGAGAAUACGAUCAUCAAUCGGAGAACCGAUACAAACACGAGGUGUUGGUUGACGGAGAACCAAUUCUCUUCGAGAUUCUAGAUUCGUGCCCAAAGAGCGAAGAUGAGUUACCGACGACCGAGAGCCUGCAAUGGGCGGACGGUCUGCUGCUCGUUUACUCGAUUACGGACAGAGGCUCGUUCAAUUUCGUAAGAAAAGCGAAACAAGCGCUCGCCGUCGCCGAUCCUGAAGCCGCAAUGCCGCUCGCUCUCGUCGGCAACAAGGCUGACAUGGUACACCUCAGACAGGUGAGCGCCGAAGAAGGGGAAAUACUUGCGAAAGACUUCGAAUGCUGGUUCAGCGAAGUAACCGCCGCCGAACAGGUUGCUCAAGUGGCUGAAUCAUUUCACGAGUUAUGUCGCGAGGUACUGGCAGCGAGAAGGCGCAAUAAACAGUCGCUGUUGGACCGGAUGUUGGGCAGCAAAGCGACGAGAGCUUAUUCCCGAGGAAAGAGUGAUUCGGCACUACCGAAGGAUUAGCUAAUAAAAAAGGAAAGAUAAAAGGGCGGAAGAAAUGGCGAAGCCUACGAGAUUGUCACGGUGAAACAAUAAUUUUCAUUUGUUUUCUUUCAAUGAGGGACGCAACCGCUAUGAAGUGGUUCUGGGUUCGAGCGUUUUUUUAAUUUUAUAAGAAAAACGCUUUUUCUCAUCCGAAACAGUUAUGAUUCGAUCGGAACGAUUGAAAUCGCGAUUGCCAAAGAAUCCAACUUUUCGUAACUUUCGAAUUUUUUGAAAAUAUUUUCAAUUCGUUCGCGGAGUAACGAUAAUGUUGAGCUUCGAUCGAAACAAAAGUUUUUCUCUCUCAUCGUGGUUUUGAAAUGUUUGUUAACAGGCUCGGGAUCGAAUUGACUUUCUAACAAGUCGAAAAUCGAGGCAAUUUUGCUGAUAGAAGCAACGUGUGAUUACGUUGUUAUCUUCCUUUGUUUUCGCGCCGUUAUUUAUUCGAGUUUCAAGCGUAGGUAAUAAGUGUUUCGAAAUAAUAAUGAAUUUAAAAUACCCAGUUAUUUUGUACUUCGGAUAAAACGUGACUCGUUCACUUUAUUAUUGCUCUCUUGGUCGUUGCUCGUGAUUCGAGGAAUGGAAAUCGAAGCUUCGAGUCUCGUCUCGCUUCCAGGAGAGCUUACAAACGAAUUUAUUUAUUGUUAGCCAAAUGUGUUGUAACCACGAUUCUUUCGAACGGUGGAUCAUUGACGAAAUAAACGAAUUUUUCACGUCUA